AUGUCUGUCGCCGAAUUUCUCCGAGAGUUUGUGACCGAGCGGCUCGCUGCUGCUGCUGAAGACAUUUUGGGAGUUUUUAACAGAACUGUGGUCCAGUACGAGGAAGAGCUGGACCAUCAACGCAGACUGCUGGAUUCGGUUUUGAAACCUCACAUUCUCUUACACAGAAUCGGUAAGAAGAGCCAAGUUUAGACUGAAUAAUGAAGCAGAAGCUCGCUUUAGAUCAACAACCCUGUAUGAGUUCAACAAUAACUGUGCUGUGUUAAUGUGGUGCUAUUGUGUCAGUGGUUCUUAAUCUGCCGUUAACGAUCAGAGGAAGAUCAAGGAGUCCGGGGGACGCUCUCGGGCGUUGACCCCGUCCUCUUUUGUUCCCACGAGCUGUUAUAAUGACCGGUACCAUGUGUGUUGUAAGGAAAGGGGUGGUUAGUUCAUCACAUACCCACCCCCCCCCCCCCCCCCCCCCGGUGUCUUUUGCAGGGCUCUCAAGUCUCACGCAUUCAGCGUGUGACACACGCAUUCCCACCCGUUCACACGCCAUACAUUGUAUUUCUCACGCAUUUAAAUGAACAUGGUGAUGUCCACCAAGUUGCACCUCUUUAACUAUGGAACAGGUAGGAAUCAACUGAGUUCCUCCGAGAGUUCAGAAGCUGCGUGCCACACGCAAGCCAAUCAAAUAAAGUAUAUCUACUGAACAGCCAAUCAAAAAGCAGCAGUGCUGUAUCCGGGUAGAUUUUGAUAUCUUACGGUUUGACUACAGAAGACAGACACUCGCCGUAAUAGAGCAGGCUUUUAUAAGGACGAGAUUGACCCGAUGAUUACAGUAAGUCAGUAACCUACACAUGCAGAGACCUCAACACCUCAUGGCAGAUAAACUCAUAUGAUAAACUAAAGCCCUAUGCUAUUGCUAUUAACAGCUGUAUUGACGGAUUUAGCCUCUGCACAGCCAUUUCCAGCCAUUUUCCCCUCCACAAAAGCAGCAUUUCUCAUAUAUCUCAAAUAUAAGUUCUGAUACUCAUGACAGUGUAAUGCUCAUGUACCAAAGGAUUAAGUAUCUCCAUGUUUGUGAAACCUAUACUAAAGUGCAAUUCAUCUAAAUGCUCCACAGUGCUGAUUUUAACAACUCCCCUUCACAACAGGUAACUUUACGACUUAAUGCUUAUAUAUUAAUGACUUUAUUCCCCCAAAUAAUAACUUUAUUCUCUAAUAUUUAAAAUUUUUUUUUUUUUUUAAUUGUGCCCCUUAUACUUCGUUGUGUUUAAGAGAUAAUUAUACUAAUAAUUAUCUUCAAUUCCCCCCCCCCAAGGAAAUCUCACUCUAAGAUUAGUUCAAAACUUGAGAGCCCUGCUUUUGUUUGUAUAGAUAUAAACCAGUUUGGCCUCUGUGAGCUCUAUUAAUAUAUAAAUUGUUAACUAAUUGCCAUUUUGAUUCUCCUGAAGUACAAAAUGUUUAAAAGUACCUGCUGGAUGUGCUUCCAAGGUGAGGACAAAGUACCUUUUAAAUGCUUUUGUAGUUAAGUAAUGUGGACAGAAUGCCUUCUGAUUUUAGUUUUGUGAUCUCAGACAAAAGUAGAUGCCCAGUGCACAUUGUGUUGCUAAUUUCAUGUCAUUUAUCAUGCUAGAGUCAGUCAGUAUUGCCCCUUACUUCUUCAACAUUUGAACUGAAUUGUGUUUAAUAUUACAAGUCUGUCCUUAAAAUAUUACAUCCUUCUUGUGAUUCCAAUUCUCUGUUUUCUGUUCCAUCUCAUUGACAUAUUUAUGCUUCUGUGUUCCUGCAGAUCUUCCACAACAACAUGACUUUGAGGAGGACGAGGUUGUCUCAGACCUGCAGCCCUGGAACCAGGAGAGGAACUCCAGUCCGGAACAAGAGGACCCAGAGCCUCUACAGAUUAAAGAGGAGGAGGAGGAAUUCUGCACCGGUAUAGGAGCUUUUCACUCACGUGAUCCUGACUUUGUGCGAGAACCAGACGGAGGGCAGGAAGCGACCGACUGCAAUGGAGGAGAUGCGGGAAAGCUUGUAUUGCGCGGGUUUAUUUGUGUACCAGUAUUUAGCCUUUGAUGGAGUUUACCACCCGCUUUGGGCUGCAUUCCCAAAAAAAGACUCCAAGAAGACCGGACCCCUGCACGACGGGGGCCGCUACCGGCCUCACACCGUCCACGGGAUUCGGCGCUGGGCUCUUCCCUCUUCGCUCGCCGCUACUGAGGGAAUCCUGGUUGAUUUCUUUUCCUCCGUUUAGUAACAUGCUUAAAUUCAGUGGGUCGUCUCGUCUGAUCUGAGAAUGGGGGAAAGGACGCCAUUUUUCCCCGUCCGCCCCCUCCGGAGCUCUGGGGCGUGUCCGGCCGCUCUGCACCCCUCUCCCUACACAGUUUGACACGACUCAACUUCGAAAUGAAAGAAUUUAACUACGGGCUGAAAAUGAGUCAUUACCCUUGACAAAGUGGUCACUGCACACACGGGCAUUAUCAGACGCAGCUCCUCCAGACCGUAGGCAGAGAUUAAAAAGCCAUUUUUUCUGGAAUUUUUCAGUCAGCUUCUUGUAUCUUUCCCCUUUGUGUAACACAAAUUUGGGCACACGAUAAAAGCUCUUGUUUUUUUCCCUGUUCGAUCGAUCCGAGCAGACGUAAACGGAGCAAAACAUCGGCAUUUUGCUGGUCUCUAUAGCAGCAACUUACAUCCUGCCCUCCAUCUGUAUUGCGCAUGUGCCGCGUAACAUGGAAGUGACGUCAAGUGAAAACCUCCUAUUGCACCUCAAUUCUUAAACAUUUUAACUGAAUUGUGUUUAAUGUUACUUCUCAGUCCUGAAAAUAUUACAUCCUUCUUGUGAUUCCAAUUCUCUGUUUUCUGUUCCAUCUCAUUGACAUAUUUAUGCUUCUGUGUUCCUGCAGAUAUACCACAACAACAUGACUGUGAGGAGGACGAGGUCGUCUCAGACCUGCAGCCCUGGAACCAGGAGAGGAACUCCAGUCCAGAACAAGAGGACCCAGAGCCUCUACAGAUUAAAGAGGAAGAGGAGGAAUUCUGCACUGGUCAGGACAGAGAGCAGCUUGAACCUCACAACUCUCGUGAGGCUGCAGACCAAGAUCCACAGAAAAGCAAGCUCACAGAGUCUGAAUCAACUUCAAAAUCAGAACAACACCCCCCAAAAAAAGUUCACAAACGAAGAAGUCAGAAGACAAAACAGCCUAAGGUUCACUCUGAUCCUCAACAAGGUGAAAAGACUUCCAAAUGUGACACAAGUAUGGAAACGUUAACGAGCAAUUCAGAUUCACAGGCACAUCAAAGUGUUCCCACUGGUAAGAAGAAGCAUACUUGUGAGAGUUGUGGGAAGAUAUUCAGAUACAAGUGUUUGCUGACAAAUCACGCUAGAUCACACACAGGUGAGAAACCAUACUCCUGUGGGAAAAGCUUCAAGUGGAAACCAGAUUUAAAAAAGCACAUGGAAAUUCAUUCAAGAGAAAAGCUGACCACCUGCAAAACAUGCAACAAAUCUUGUGUCAGUGCAAGUCACCUGAGAAUACACAUGAGAAAACACACAGGUGAGAGACCAUACUCCUGUGGCACUUGUGGGAAUCGCUUCACAGCGAGUUCCAGUUUAAAAACGCACAUGCUUAUUCACUCAGGAGAAAAGCUGUUCACCUGUGAAACAUGCGGCAAAUCUUUUGUCAGUAUACAUAGACUGAAAGCGCACAUAAGAACACACACAGGUGAGAGACCGUACCCCUGUAGCACUUGUGGGAAAAGCUUUGGUUCGACUAAAACUUUAAGAUUGCACAUGUUUAUUCACUCAGGAGAAAAGCUGUUCACCUGUGAAACAUGUGGCAAAUCUUUUGUCAGUAUGCAUAGACUGAAAGGGCACAUGAGAUUACACACAGGUGAGAAACCGUACCCCUGUAGCACCUGUGGGAAGGGCUUCAUUUUUAAUUCACAUUUAACUAAGCAUAUGCAAAGUCACUCAGAUGAAAAGCUGUUCACCUGUGAAACAUGCAGCAAAUCUUUUAAAAGGAAUGAUCAAUUGAAAGAGCACAUGAGAACGCAUACAGAUGAGAGACCGUACACCUGUAGUACAUGUGGGAAAAGCUUCAGUCGGACUAGAAAUUUAAAAACGCACAUGCUUAUUCACUCAACAGAAGAGCCGUUCAGCUGCAAAACAUGCAGCAAAUCUUUUGCCAGCAAAGAUAGCCUAAUAAUGCACAUGACAAUACACACGGGUGAGACACGGUACAUCUGUAGUACAUGUGGGAAAAGCUUCAGUCGGACUACAAAUUUAAAAACGCACAUGAGACUUCACUCAGAAGAAAAGUUGUUCACCUGUGAAACAUGCAACAAAUCUUUUAACAGGAAUGAUCAACUAAAAAUGCACAUGAGAACAUACACAGGUGAGAAACCUUUCUCCUGUGGCACCUGUGGGAAAAGCUUCACUGCGAAUUCCAGUUUAAAAACGCACAUGCUUAUUCACUCAGGAGAAAAGCUGUUCACCUUGCAAAACAUGCAGUGA